CGUCCUGGACAAGGGCCAGGACAGCUUCGAACUGAAUGGAAACGGAGUGGAUGCGGGCAUGCGCGGGCAGGGCGCUGUUGACGCCGCCGCCGCCGGAAACGAGCUCUUCCAGGGCUAUUCCGACGAGCUGCUGACCUUCGCCUGGGUGGCCUGCAUCGUUUUCAUAAUUGUGGGCGUGCCCGGCAACCUGCUGACCAUCGUGGCGCUCUCGCGGGGUCGUCAGACGCGCAACUCCACAGCCAUCUUCAUCAUCAAUCUGUCCUGCUCGGAUCUGUUGUUCGGGUGCUUCAACCUGCCCCUGGCCGCCUCCACUUUCAUGGAGCGGGCAUGGACGCACAGUGAUCUGCUCUGCCGGCUCUUUCCUAUGCUGCGCUACGGCCUACUGGCUGUGUCCCUGCUUUCCGUCUCGCUGAUCACCAUCAAUCGCUACAUCAUCAUCGCCCACCCACGACAUUAUCCCAGGAUCUAUCAGCGCCGUUAUCUGGCCUUGAUGGUGGCCGGCACUUGGGUGUUGACCUUCUCAAUCAUGAUACCCACGUGGCGCGGGGUCUGGGGCCGCUUCGGCCUCGACACUAGCAUUGGCUCGUGCUCCAUCCUGCACGACCAGUACGACCGCUCGCCAAAGGAGUUCCUCUUCACCGCCGCUUUCAUGCUGCCCUGCAUCUGCAUAGUGAUCUGCUACGCCCGUAUCUUCCUGCUCGUUCGUCAGGCGGCCAUCCGCGCCGGAAACAGCAACGCCGCCAAGAACAAUGCCUGCGAGCCGACGGCCACCACCACAGCAGCAGCACCCCAAUCCUUGACCAUGCCCAAGACGGUUGAAAAUAGGGAAAAGGCGAGCACAUCCAUCUCGGACACGGUCCCGGAACACGGCCUGCGACCGUUUGUCGUUGACGAGUAUAUAGCAUAUAUCGAUGAUAAUGCCUCCACCGAGAGUCUCCCCAUCUCGUACAGCAUCGGGAAGCGGGACAGGGAGAAGGAUCAGAAAAAUCUGGAUAAGAAUCAGGAUCAUCAGCUGCCGGUCGAUGCUAAUGUGGUGCUCAAAGAGAGGGAUAAAAACAAGAACAAACAAGAGCUGUGCGCCUUGGGGCGAAGUCAGACCCAGCUGGAGCAGAGCAAGAAUUCCACGAAAAACGCCAACGCAAGUCCCGUUCCCAACGCCAAUCCCAUUACCACCUCGCUGCGCACUUCCUUCACCCGCUUCAGUCCCAGGAAAUCCCACUACGUGUCUAUGGGGAACACGUCGAAUGCCUCGUCCAUCUACCCGGGCCGAAUGAGCGUCAAGGAUCGGCGCCUGCUCAAGAUGAUACUGGUGAUCUUCGUGUGGUUCGUGAUCUGCUACCUACCCAUCACGGUGGCCAAGAUCUGGAAGAGUGCCACCGAGGUGCAUGUGUUCAAUAUAGCCGGCUAUCUGCUCAUUUACCUGACCACCUGCAUCAAUCCACUCAUCUACGUGCUCAUGAGCUCCGAGUACCGACGCGCCUACUGGAAUCUGCUGCGCUGUCAUGGCUCUCCCGAUCCGCACCAGCAGCGGAACAAUGCUAACGCCAAUGCCAAUGCCAAUGCCAAUGCCAAGAAAAAGCUACAGGAGUCAGCUACGAAUCGCCAGAUCAAAACGUGAUUCUCUUGGGCUCUGAUUGCCGAAAAGGAACGUAGUAUCACAAAGCAGAUCAAAACAAAGGAAUAAGUAUGUUGUAGGUGAGGAGAGCCGGUCACUGUACACUGUAUCAGCUCUUAAGUAUAUUCAUAUGCGUGUACCAGUAUUGAUCUAUUGGUCUUUGGAUCACUCAAAAGGUUCACAAUUGUCACCAUUUCUAGUCGUACGACCAGGUCGGAUGCGAUCCGAUCCGAUUCGAUCCUUCCUUCCACACAGAUCACCCAUCUACAUAUAUCUAUAUAAAUACAUAUGUAUAUAUAAAGAUAUCUAUA